UCCGAUGGAAGAGGGAGCGAGAGAAUUGGGAGGACGCUGUUAAAUGGAAAUGACAGGCGGAGAAUAGAGAAAGUGACAAUCGAGGAGUUGGAGGAAGGCGAGAGCGAGGGUUAGUGACGGGGGAGUGAGCAGGACCGAGGUGGGUACACAGAGCAAGCGAUCGAGGAUAAAGUGAAAGAAGUCAAAGUCGAAGGCGACGGACAUCUGUCGGGACCGGAAUAGGAAUUCAUGCGUUUAUAAGAUUUGCGGGGAAAAUGGUGAUCUUUGUUUGGAAUAGGGCGACGCAAAGAAAGAAAAUCUGGAGCUAGGAAGUGUAUUACAUUGGAGAGAGAAGGAAGACAGGAAGUAAAAAAAUAGGAGGGUGGUAACGUGUGUGAAUUGAGGCAAGGGUAAAGAGAGGAAGGAAAACAAGCAGGUGAACAGUGAAGUCUGAACUUGUGAUGGCACAUUGAGGCUCAGAAAGAGUGUGUAAAGCAUCUUUGCAACUGCCCAGGAACGUCUUAAGACUUGCGGUCUCUUUCACUGAGGCCCAGGAUUAAUUCCAAAUCCGCAUUGUUUGAAUCUCGGUGUGGGGGUUUCACGGGAUCAUGUGUUGAAAGUGUUUGCCAAACGAGGAAAGCAUUAUCAGCAAGAAAGAAAUUUAAUUGUACGUUCCUAGAACAUAACCGUUAGUAAUAAGGAUUAAAUAUUUAAUCCUUAUUAAACCGUUUGCAGUUGAUGCUGUGAACGGUAUUUGGCCAGAUUGUGGGCAUAAAGUUCCAGGGUGACAUUGAGAAACUCAGAAUGGAGGUUGGAAGGUACUAUCAACAGUAAAACAUUGUUUUGAGAGAAGUAACGACUGCUAACAGGCAGGGUCUUGAAGCAGUCUUCAGUGUCUGAGCAUUUAGCUUUGAUCUUCACCCCCCCCCACAACUCCCCUUGGUACCCAGGAUGGCGGUGCCCCCAAAUCGAAGACUGUUUGUGCGCUUGCUUGGCUACUGGAAGCCCCUAUUCAGUGGCAGAUUUCUGCUUUUAACAAACACCGUUAGCUGCGGGAGUCUGAUGGCAAUGGGCGACAUUAUCCAGCAAACCCGGGAAAUCCGGCGGAAUGCUACCUACCAGCGGGAUUGGUCUCGGACAGGGCGCAUGUUUGCCACGGGUUGUUUAAUCGGCCCCAUUGGGCACUUCUGGUACAAGGCACUGGAUGGGCGGUUCCCGGGACGGACCGUGACCGUGGUGUUGAAAAAGGUGCUGCUGGACCAGCUCAUCGCUUCACCCAUCUUCGGCUUCAUCUAUUUCUUUGGAAUGGGAGCAUUGGAAGGUCACAGUGCCAUGGAAUGCGUGAGAGAAUUCAGGAGCAAGUUCUGGGAAUUUUACAAGGCUGACUGGAUGGUGUGGCCUGCCGCACAGAUAAUCAACUUCUACUUCCUGUCCCCGAAGUACCGUGUCCUAUACGUGAAUUUUCUAACCGUCGGAUGGGACACUUACCUCUCUUACCUUAAGCACGAGAUCCCGCCUGAGCAAGUGGCCUUGUUGGAGGAGACCAAUGUUUCAGAGGGUCAGGGGACAGGACUGGCAUCUGUAGAAGCUGAGCAGUAGCGCUGCCUCAGGACCUUAGCUGGUGGACGAGGCCUGGAGCCUCUCCGGUGUCAGUCGGCCAAUGUAAACCAGUCGUACUUUCCCUAUUGCCCCACCUCGGGAAGAAUUAUAUUAUUUCUGGUUGUAGUUAUUUUUCAGAGCUAUUUUUAACAUUCUGAAUUAUUUGACAAAUUAAAUUAUAUUUUAAGUAUGCAGCAAAUUUGCAUUUUGAUGGCUCUUUCACUGCCUCAGCUGUCUGAUCUAGUGAGGUACAUUUUGUAGUAACUGCUGUAAUAGGACUCACAGAAGCCAAUUUGCAUACAGCAAAAUCUCUCAACUUGAAGAUGUUUAAUCGAUCCAUUUGUAGCUCUAGAUAGGGUCCAUUAUCUUUUAUAUUUACCAUUUGAGGGCAGAUGAGUCCUUUAGUUAGGGAAUUUUGGAAUUUUGUACUGAAUUCAGACAAAGGCACAACUUUCCGGUCUCGGGGAGAGGAUGCAACAUAUUGGGCUGCCACUAGACGGAGCAGAUGGGUCUGCCUCUCCUCCUGCUACCCUCUGUCCAGUGAAGAUUUGGAUUCAUCAUCUGAUUCCAGGUAAGUCUGACAGGAAGUGGAGGGAGGAGAGUGGGCGAGGAUUCUCUGGGCAGAUAGUAGGCUCACCAGCUGCUUUCCCCCCACAUCCCUAUAAAUACUGAAUAUAUUGACUGUCUAGAUACAUCCAUCCGCCAACUCCAGAUUGAAAGACCCCGUACACCUUCAGACUGUGUAUUACAUGGUCUCUAGCUCCGACUCCAGCCCGGACCACAGCUGCCACCACCUCCAGGCCAAGACCUACUUUGCUGCCACUGGAUCCUGGGCUCCCUUUCCCCCAAAACUCCAACACUGCGGUCUCCAGGCUCCCACAUCACCUCUGGGUCCUCAGAGCUUCUAUUUUCCUCCUACCCUACUUUCUCUGUGCAGUCCAAUCAUCACAUCUCCUCUGAGGCCAGUAACUUUCUUUUCCCCCCUCCCCCAACUGAUCCCAGCUCUAAUCCCUGCUCUGUCUUCACCACUCCUUCCGACCUUCUCUCCUCUGAGGUGGAAUGUUCUGUCCUCAGCAAAGACUUUACCUUUAUCCUCCUUUGCCUGCACCUUAGUGAGUUCUGUGCCCGCCAUGACGCCAAGCUCUUCUUCUGUAACCUCCAUCUCAGAGUCCACUUCCUUGGUGAGAAUUCCCCACCCCGCACCAGUGACUC